AUGGCCACCAAUACUGCUCCUAGCUCUCAUGGGCAACAGGUUACCGGCUUGUGUUCGCCCCGGUUGAUUGUUGCCCGGGUUGACGACAACGAAGACACUAUGGACAGAUCACGCCCGAGUCUGCCAAGUAGCUUUCCUAUGAGACAGCAUAAACGAACCCCUAGCGCGCAUAGGGAAAUAAAGGAAACUUUGGAUGCUCGUGUUGAGUUCACCAGUGAUGAGGCUGACGGAAGGACAUAUCACCGCAUCAACCAAUAUGUUAUCGUGGAAGAAAUUGGAAGGGGUUCGUACGGCGCUGUGCACCGUGCUACCGAUCAGUUUGGCACCGAGUUUGCUGUCAAGGAAUUCUCGAAAAGUCGACUGAGGAAACGAGCACAGUCUCAUAUCCUUCGUCUUGGUCCGCAGAGCUCGCCUGGUCAAUAUCUUCCACGUCCUCGUAGAGCUUGUGGGCCAUUAUCACCACAACUGACAGGAUUGCGGGCCGGCGAGGAGAAUGAUGCUUUGUUCCUGAUUCGAGAGGAGAUUGCCAUCAUGAAAAAGCUCAACCAUCCGAACCUGGUUCAAUUGAUUGAAGUCUUGGACGAUCCCGAAGAAGACUCCUUGUACAUGGUAAUGGAAAUGUGCAAGAAGGGCGUCAUUAUGACAGUAGGCUUGGACGAGAACGCUGACCCAUACAACGAUGAGUCUUGCCGCCACUGGUUCCGGGAUCUGCUCUUGGGCAUCGAAUACUUGCAUGCUCAGGGGGUCGUUCAUCGAGACAUCAAGCCUGAUAACUUGUUGCUCUCGGAUGAUGAAGUUCUAAAGAUUGUGGAUUUUGGUGUUUCGGAAAUGUUUGACAAGCCCGAAAACAUGAGAAUAUCCAAAUCCGCAGGGUCACCCGCAUUUAUGCCACCAGAGCUAUGUGGCAAACACCAGGAAGUCUCUGGUAAAGCAGCUGAUAUUUGGUCUAUGGGUGUUACUCUCUAUUGCCUUAAAUACGGCAAGAUACCGUUCAACCGCCCAACAGUCCUAGAAAUCUACGAGGCUAUAAAAUCAGACGAUACCUGUAUUCCUGAUGGCGAGGAUCCCGCAUUUGUGGACCUGAUGACGGUUAUCCUGGAGAAGGACCCCGAAAAACGGAUAACAAUGUCCCAAUUGAGAGAACACCCAUGGGUGACAAAAGGAGGGUGUGAUCCUCUUUUGUCUGCCGAAGAUAACUGCGAGCAUAUUAUUGAGCCUCCCAAUGAGCUUGAGCUGAACCGAGCCUUCACCAGGAAAAUGAACCAUCUUCUAUCCAUGAUGAAGGCAAUCCACAAAUUUAGGACUCUGCUGGCGAGAAUUCGGGCCAGGAACAACACUGGCGUGGUUGGCUCCUCUACGUCACUUCAGCGUCUUAUGUCAGAAGAUGAGUCAUUCAAUGCCGCCGACGAGAGAGCCAAAGCAGAAGAAAUUGAGGCUCUUUUGGCCCGUCGUCGGCAUUUGCUCAGCCAGCAGGCUGAAGAUGCAGAUAAAGGUCACGCUCGAGAGAUUGGCGAACAAGAGCCUCUGCUUCUUGGCAUCGGCACUGGCGCACGAGAUGCUUUUGCCUGGGACGAGGCUACUCCAGAUGUAGUGGCCGACUCUCCGACCGCGGUUGAUUUCGAUGUAUACGACCGUGCCUACGAAGAGGCCAUUAAACGGGGAAUGGAGGCCAGGCCGUCCAAGAAACCCACCAUGUACUUGACCAAGCUCGUCAAAGAAACGGACUACUUCAAAAAAAUAGAAAAUCUGGUAGGAGGGACCGUGCCAUCACCGCCCAGUCCGAAAACAGAGGUAAAGAAAGCUACCCAUGUCUUAAGGGAUAGGUUGCCUUCGGAGCCGAGGGCCAAAUUGGCCGAAAUUAUCGACAAAGUUGCGUUGUCCACCCCUGAGACAGAGAAAGAUAUGGAGCAACCUGGGCUAGAACGCCAAACGUAA